AUGCCAGGCGCAGCUCUGCGUGAUAUUGCGGGCCCUUUGCCUUUUCCCAAAACGAGCUGGCGCGGGGCUCACAGGGCUGCAACGUCGGUCGAGGUCGUGGUAGUGAUGAUAGAGGCCAGGCGGUGGCCGGGGUGGCACCUGGGGCCAAAAGCUCCCGGGCACAGGUACAUCAUCGCUAGCGGCCGAGAUGGUGGUGAAGCUGUAGGACAUUAG